AUUUUCCUGAUAACGCAAGAACUCCGACUUGAUCCGCUGGCCGGAUACCAUGCCAUCGAAUUAGUCCAAAGGUUCAUGGUGAAGCACCUUACAGGGUUGUUGGCCACAUCCACACCAGAAGACGCUGCUGCUGAUGAACCAGAACGUUCUGAGGAGGCUGUGUUGAAGAAGAUCAAGGACACAUUCCACCUCAUCGUCUUCUCCUGCGUACAACUUGCAAGCAAGCUAUCUUUGCACAGUCAUUUGAUCGACAACAACACAGCUGUGCGCUUUCUGCGCUCGGUCGGCCUCCGUGUUUCCAAGCAGACUCUCCUGGAAUCAGAGCUGAUGGUCUUAAAGGGGCUUGAAUUCAGGCUAGACGCUCCUAACCCGCUGACAUAUGUGGAAAUCCUCCUGGAGGUGCUUGGACAUAAUGAGCCAUCCAUCCCUGUGGAGCGCCUGCAUCUACUGUGCCACCAAGUCCUCCAGUUCGUCAGCCUGCAGAGGACGGCCAUCUACGACUCCUUGUUAGUGAUGACCACUCGCUGCGUCAGCCCGUCCAGAGAACAACGGGAGACAUUCAUGACAGUGACUGAGGACCGCAUGCUUCUUGGUGUUGGUGUUAUCGCCGUGGCUACAUCCAUCCACUAUUUUGGAAAAUGGGAACAGGUAGUCGGAGAGCUGAGCCACAUCACAGGAAUCUCAAAGAGGAGCAUCAGCGAAUUUGUUCAUGUGACGUUGACGCACAUUGUUAGUCCCUCUGUAACCUCAACUUGAGUCUCGAUAACGGUCCUUCUAUAAUUUUAUUGUUCACGGUUAAGUUUGAUUUUUAGCUGUAGAAGUUGGUGAUGAACAUACACCUAAAGCAACAUCUGUGUCCUGAAAUAUGUCUAAUGUAAUAUUACCAAAACCAAUGAUGACUUGGUAGUUUGCUAAAUGUAAUGGAUAUUGUAUUAAACAACAACGUACUGCUAAUAUACUGCAUAUUCCCCCUGCUGUUAAAUGCCCUGUGCCACAUUGACCCACUCUCUUGAAUUAGAUGCAGAGUUGUUUAUUGCAAUACUCAUUAAGUUUCCAAAAUGUUAAAUAGAAAACGUGUCCAGCUGGAGGUCAAGAGGACCACGGUCAGAAGGUCAUCAAUCGUCUGAUUCUUCUGACGAACCUCUGAAACUGAGGACAGAAUUAAAAAAACAUGAAUAUAAUGUCCCUCACUUCAAACAUGUUAUGUUUUCAUUUGGUGCCGUUUCCGAUUUGGGAUAAAUAAACAUGUACGACCAUAUUGUCA